AUGACCUCUGCUGGUGAGAAGCAAUAUUACUCCCUUGCAUUAGUGAAGCGGCUCUUCAAGCAUCUACUGCCUGAUAUGCUGGUGGGGUUGCUAUAUGACAUUGGAUGUCAACUUGAGCGUAGUUGUCAGAAGUGGGGCUUCCUGGAUGACUCUAUUCUAUCAUGUAUCAGCUUCAGAAUAUCUGUGUUUCAUGCAUAUGGUCACCAGUGGCCUUGUCAAAUUGUCUACUACCCUCAAAAGUGUGCUGGGUUUGGGCUAUCUGAUGGAGAGGGCUGCAAGCGUCUAUGGAGUGCCUUGAAACAUCUCAUUCCAGUGCUUCGAGUUUCUGGUUAUCACCAGUGGUUAUUUGUACUGGAUGUACAAGUGCACUACUUGGCUCUCAAGUCUCUGGAUGCAUCGGGGCAAUGGUUAGUGCAGAAGUGGAUGAUUUGCCAGAGGAAGAAACAGGUGGCUCUGGAUGGCCUGAGGGAUCUUGGGUCUGAUGAGGACAUCCUCCAAGAGGAGUGGGCAGCCCAGAUAGCUCAUCAGACAAAGCCAAUAGCUCAUAAAUCUAAACAUAAAGCUGCAGAGGCUAUUGUGGGCGUUCUUGCAUUGGAAAAGACCCUUGAAAGCCAUCAGAACACCAUACAGCAACUUGAACAUCAGCUCAUUAGCAACAAUGUUGAUGACAUGACUACUUUCAAUCUCCAGCUUCAUGAUGCACAUGCCCGAUGUGCCAAGGUUGUCAAGACCAUUGGGCAGAGAUGA